UUUUUGGGACACAGUCUAGUGUGGAUCGUCGUCUUCGGCGUCACAGCAAGCCAGAGUGCGGUGGAGGACGUAUACUGUCGCUGAUAUUUAAAUAAAACGUGUUGGGGGGAGAAAAAGAACAGUAAAAUGGCCAAAUUAGAGCAGUUAAACGUGUUCCUGAGUGAGAGACUGUCGGCGGCGGUGAAGGAGAUUCUCGACACAGUGAGCAGGAUGAUGAAGGAGUACGAGGAGGAAACGGCGCGGAUAAUGAAAGAGAACGAUUAUCUGAAGGAAAUGUUAAAGGUUACAGGAUGCAGUUUUACAGAAACAAAUCCGGGUGGCAUCCCUUCUGUGUUGUUUGGAAAACAAGACAGUGCUUCAAACUUACAGCAGGAAGCAGAGCCCCUGGAGAGUUUGAGCCAACAACGUGAAGCAAAGAAAGAAAAUACAAGCAUAAAAUCAGAGCAUCUCACCCCUCGGUACCCAGCGAAUGCUGACUCCGAGCCUGAAACCCGACCCACAGACGACACAGCGGAACCUCCCCAUUGCACCCCUCUGUUAAACUCUCACACUGUAGAUCAGGACGUGAUAGACUUUGAGUUCCCCAUAAAAGUCAAAGUUGAGUCAAUGAAUAUAGAGUCACACUCAGGUGAUGCCACAGACAAUUUGGAUGCCAGCAACCAGAGCUGGUCUCCACAGAACUGGGAUAUGUUUUCAGAAAGGAGUUAUCAGAACAGAGUACAACAAGGAGCCGGUCUGCAUCCGUACACCACCGAAGGUUCUCGUUCCACAGAAACCACAAUUCAAAACCAUCCUGUGGAGUUCCAAGCGGCGUUCAGCUACACAAACCGGACCAUAUGCAAUAACAGGCUGCACUGUACCAGCAGAUACUGUGAACUUCAGAAAAGGACAACGUCUAAAUCAAGCCCAGUGUGGCAGUAUUUCUCACUGAAAGAGGGCGAUUGUAGUAAGGCGGUGUGUCUGAUGUGCAACGCGGUAAUAUCUCGUGGAGUUAAAGAGUACACAACAUCAGCACUGUUAAAACACCUCCGUAUGAAACAUGGCAAAUGUUAAUCUUUAUUCUUUUUGUACUUUUGUACUCAUGAAUCAGUAAUUUACCAUUACAAUGAAACAAAUAGGUCAUUAUUUACAGUUAUGAAUAAUACCAAUGUCUUUAAUGUAGUAAAUCUACACUAAACAAAUGUAGUUCAUUUACUUAGCAUUGAUUCUGAUUGAUGACGCAGCUGAUGCUGGUACAAUACCUCCCUGUGGUUUUACUGAGAUACAACUCGUGUAUUUAAAAAUAUCCUUUCGAUUAGUUAUAGACAUGAACAUGUAAAAUGCCAUGAAUGCUUCUGGAUCUAAACAUAAAAGACUGAUUUAAAGUAAGCAAGAUUUACUGUGUUACCACUGUAUGUAGCCUGGGUUAUAAAGAAAAUGAUACGUGUGGCAUAAAGAUAUGUAUGAGGCAGGCUUUCAGGGAUAUAUGCGAUAUGAUCUGAUUGUGCGGUUUGGGUGGGGAUUCUCCAUAAUUUACUUAAUACUGAUGAAUAUUUGCAUUUUUACUUUUUUUACUUGCAUCAUUGGUUAUACACAGAGGGGUGACAAAGGAAAAAAGAGUCAGCCUUGACUGUUAUGGGGUUUUUUUGGUGGAGUAGUGUUUAUCCACCCCUCCAGUAAUGUUCUAAUGACAUGCAGAAUUUUUGCCAAAGUGCCUUCUGUGAACAGUUAUAGAUUCAGCUUGGGUUUCUGAGGUGAUGGUUAUAAAGUAUCACACAGUAAAAGCUAUCUACAAUCAGUUGGCUUUGUCACCUACCUUAGUGCAUAUUAUUACUUGGAUCAGAGCGAUUAUUCUGGGUCGGCAUUGUUACUGAUACAACUUAUUCAUAUCCAAACAUAUUCAUAAAAAAUGUUAAGAUGAUAACUUUACUGUAUUUUGUUUGUUAAGAACAGAUGAUUAUAAAGCUCAGAAAGUGAUAAUGAUUGAACCUUGA